AGUAAAGAUCUGGUUUUACUUUCAAUGAAAGAGCGGUCAGUUGUGUUUGUUCUGCGGUUGGAAAUUAAAUUACUACGAUUGCAAAUGAAGAUUCACUUCACGCUAAACACAACCACGUAACUAUUACGUUACGAAAAAAUCAACAAUGAUGUCCUGGUGGCUUCUAACGUGCCUGCUAGCAGUAUGGUUUCUAACUUCGACAGGAGAAGAUAGAAAAAUUCAUAGAUUAGUUGGAGGGCAUUUGAGAAUUUAUCAUGAAGAUCCUUCCGAUGCUGAACUACUCGAAGCACUAGCAAGCGGUUCAAAAAAUAAGAAAAGUCAAAAAACCGACGAUGAGGAGAAGAAAACUCUCAGCCAACAAGUCGCUGAUGGAAAAUACGGACUGAUCCAAAAAGAACUCUUCGCAAAGCCCUCGAAACGUCCCGGAGUACUAAGUUACGACAGUAAUCCUGAAGUACCCAAAGACAACAUUAAUAAUUUGGGUGGACUCACGAAAAAUGAAAUUUGGUUGGCCGAAAACCACCUUUUAGUUCUCAAAGGUGGUACUUAUCCUCCCCACGAUGACAAAACGGAUAAUACAGCGACUUCCUGGCCCCCUAUUGACGACUACAAAGCGCCCCGUCGCCAAGUCAAAAUCCCUGCACAUCCCAAAGUACCGCCGCCAUUUCCCGUCCAACUCACCGACGACGGCCCCUUGCAAAUCCUGGGCACAAAUUCUUCGCGAACGCUUAAUGGCACGUUCGACCAAACAGCCUUCGCCGUACCACCCCCAGAAGGCUUCGACCCGGGUCCGUACCUCCCGCCUAACCAUCAAUAUUCGUCCAACUCUACUUCCGGGCAAGCUCCGUACCCAAUACCUGCAUUCCCUCCGGGGGAGUACCUUCCGGGGGCACCGUUCCUCCCGUACAACUUGAACGGUACAUUACCUCCUUUUUUCGCUUCUUUACCCCCGGGGGCCGCCAUACUACCACCACCGAACCAAACAGAACCGUUCGACGAAGACGACCCUUCAAUUUAUUAUCCUCCGCCUUACAGUUUUUACUACCCAAAGGAUAAUUCAUCAGCGGUAGCAGCGGGACCUUUAGUACCCGGAAUAAUCCUACCGCCCCCACCGGACUUUUUCGGUCCGUUGGAAGAAACAACAAAACCUACAAGGCAUAGAAUGAAAACAACAACGACUCCAUUACCGCAAAUUCACCCAACUACGACUGCAGUACCGCCAACUUCGGUUCUCAAAACGAGGAAACCGAUCAAAAUACUUCCGAUUCAUAUUCCGGCUGAAAUUAACAACGAAUUGAAACCAAUAGUGACGACAAGUGCGCCAAAAAUUGUUACGAUCCUUCCGAAAAAUCGUACAACUCAAAAGACUCGUCCUCCAACUGUGACUAUUUUAAAACCAGUGAAACCUUCAAGUGCACCACCUAAAAUAUACGUGUACAAUAAUGAAUUUUCGGGAGUUUAUAAACCACCGUCACGGUCUAAAACAGUAAUUAGUACGACUCAAGUGCCGCUCAAAGUGUAUUAUAGUACUUCGAACGAAAUCGAAACGAAUUCAAUAACACACGCACCGGAACGGUACCACAUUGGUACUCGACGUGUCAAAACUACAACAAAAUCACCAACACAGUAUUAUUAUUACCAGGAACAACCAAAAGAAGUCACCACACGAAAACCUUUCUACGACAUACCCAAAGAGUACUACAUACCAGCGAAACAAGUUCAACAACAGAAAUUUAUUUAUGUGCCAACAAGACCUCAAAGACCAAGAUAUCGGUUCGUCCAAACCCCGAAAACCGACACAUUCAGUAUACACAUUGCAAGACUACAAAAACAAAUCCACCAAUACUACACAACCCCCAGACCGACUUACAAUAGACCUUCACCAAAACCAGUUUAUCAAUUCAGCUUCGAAGCGUCAAACUACCGGCCCCAAAGACCUCAAAUCGAAAACCCCCAAGACAAAUUCCGUCCUUUACCGAAAUACAGCGUUCAAAUCCAACCCGCAAUUGAGAUAAUUCCCACAGAAGCACCAACAGAACGACCAAAAUAUUACAGUACUGCCAAACCCGACUACGAAUACAAGGAAAAUCCCAAACCUCCGCCAACUCCACGCCCCAUUAGCCAAUUCGCUUUCGUGACCCCAAAUCCGGUCUAUCAAGGCUUCUACACGAAACCUGACGAAGGCUUCUUUGACGAAAACACGAAGCAGUAUUUUACAACUUUUGGACAAAAACUGACCCCAGGUACGACCCCACUUCCUCCAAGACGGCCCCCAAAACCAAAUCUUGAAGGAGACACCGCUGUUAAUUUCCUUCCUCCACGGCCUACAAUCAACCCAGACGCCGAAUUUGUGCCAAUAAACCCCAACCAACAACGAAUCAACUACCCCCAAGUGGUGAAAUACCCCAGACCGAUCCAAUACGCUCAAGAAACGCGUCAGAAAAAACAUGAAAUUGUUAAAAAUCAAGGUCAAGAAGGUUCUUUUAUUUCCUAUCAAUUGCCAGGGGACGAUGGCGCUCAUUUUUACUUUUUGACCCCACAAUUGGCCCAAAGUCGAGCACAAGGUGCAGGGUAUUACUACUCGCAACCGAGAAUACGAAGAAAUAAAGAAAGGUGAAGUGUUUUAGUGACUUGACAAUGACAAAGCUGUGAGUUUAUUGGCGAUUCCUAUCUUUAAUUUAGUGCCUAUUUUUAAUUGGUCUGUGAUCGUGUUGCGCCAAUGUAGCCGAACGAACUCAAAAAAAUCAUAGUUAAGUAAAGUGACGGAGAUCCACGAACAAAUUGUUAUUCUCACUUGUAAAUCAGUGGUCGAAAUUAAGAACGAGGAAUUUUGUACGAACUAAUUUAUAUGAAUAGUGUAAAGUGAUAAAUUAUUGUACCAGAUGAUUCAAGUUUUAUUCUCAUUCCUGUUCUAGCAUCAAAAAUUUUUUUAAAAAAUCGAAAUGUACUCGUAACAUUGAGUCUUAUAUAAAUUUGAAUCAUCCUGUAUAGAUCGUACUAUGAUUAGGCAACCAUUUUGUUAAAUUAUUUUUUAAUAAUAAAAAACCUUAUCUAAUUG